AUGGGUGAGACCCAGAGGGAGAUGGCAGAGAUGAUAAAAGAACUCAAAAAUUCCGCUCCAAAGCCAAGUGAAGAAAAUGAGAAACACCCACAAGAGGAAUCUGCUGCUGCUGGAAAGGAGUAUAAACAAAAAUGGACCAUAUUUUGUCACUCAAGAGGACGUUGUUGCCAUGCUGGAAAAGGAGCUGAGUCGAAGUCAGGAAGAUUAGAAGUAUCUUCCUCAGCCACCGUACCCAACACGCUUGCUCCAGCAGCCAUAUCCUAA